CCACAAGGCCGCCAGCGCUCCCGAGCCGCAUGCACGCCUUGUCGCCAGCGGAAGAGAAAAUGCGAUGGAAGGCUUCCAUGUGCAACAUGUGUGCGUUACGAAUACCAAUGCGAAUAUGACCAAAAGGCGAAGCGGGCGUCCAUGCCUCAGAAUGCAGAUGUCGCGCAAGAACCUCCGCCCAAGCAGGAAAUGGGACGCACACCUCCAAGCAUCAUCCAGUUGCAAGCACAUCCAUUGACAGCGCCGGGAGCUCGUUUCCAUCAUCGCGGGAUUCUCGAUCCGGUCAAGACACGAUUUGUCAGAGCCAAUUCUGCUAUUGCCUUUCCUCGUAUACUUGGUAUGGACCUUGAGUCUGAAAGCAUACCUAGACUGCAUUCAUUCGCCUGGCAUCUUGGUAUACGACCCGAACCUGCGGAAGAGCGCAUCAUUAUUUCCAAGCACAUCUCCUGGAUGGAGUUCCAAAAUUUAGCGAGCGCAUACUUCAAGAUGGUCCGCCCAGAGUUUGGAUUGAUCGAUGAAGCAGAGUUCAUGGAGGCCAUGGCAGCUCGCUUCCUCGACCCUUCCGGACUGAAGGACAUUGAUUCCGUAGCGUUGGGUAUGGCCGCCUUAGGUUCUUUCUUCUCCGCGACGCCUCAUCCGAAAGAAGAGGCCAUGUUCCUCGAUGCGAAGAGAGUACUUAUGCAACGCAGCAUCGGCAAUUCGCCGACUCCAAACCAGAUCGCCGGCUGGAUCUUACGAACCAUUUACCUUCGACUCACCUCUCGGCCUCAUGGAGCUUGGAUGUCGAGCUGUAUCGCAAUGCAUCAAGUUGAAGCAAGUGGUCUGCACAAGGAGAUUCAGACCAUCGCGGUUGUCUAUCCUCAAGUCCCCACGAACGAUCACAAGCUUGCGAAGAAUCGUCGAAGGCUGUUCUGGAUUGCACGCUCGCUGAACACUAUCCUGUCCUUCGAGUACGGAAGAACAAGAGUCAAUUUCGAUGUUGUCACCACUAAGAAGUUUGCGGCUGAGAGUGGUACCCAUGCUCACCAAUUCAUGGAGUUGGCUGAACUGCUCCCAAACGACUUCGUUGACCGAGACCGUGAACCUGAUCCGCCAGCAGCAUUGAGUCAUGCUCUUUCCAAGAUCGAAGCCAUGCAGACAGAGUCGCACUUCAUCUCGCUGCUCAAAGCAGAUCUCGCCUUUGCCAUUUAUCGUCGGCUCUGGCUCAUGAGCUUGACGGAUGCGAAAGAUCGUGCUGACUUGGUCAUAUCGAUUGGGAAAUCUGCUCUUACUGCGGUUCGAAAAUGCCUUGCCGACAAGACACCUUGGUGGAAUGUCAUCUGUACGCCUUUCCAGCUUAUCUGCGUGGUGAUCUCGGUGGGCUCGCCACGAAGCUUGUCACAUAUCGAGGAGAUCAUGGCUCUGAUGCAUGACGUCGCUACGGUAUACGACACACAUAUGGUGCGGGAAGCGUACAACCAGGCGACCGCUCUGAUCGCUAUGGCACGGAGACGCAAGCAGAAAGAACUGGAUGCCUUG